AGCAUUAGCUCUCACUCCCUCCCUCUCUCUCCCCCACUCCCCCUCUCCCCCACUCCCCCUCUGGGCAGAGGCAGAGCCGUGAGCAGCAGCUGAGGAGGGACUGACAUGAAUCCCACACACAUCUGCGGGCGCUCCGGUGACUGUCCACUGAAGGUCCAUGCACUGAGGCAAGUCUGGUUGCUGUAUCCCCUCCUGUGUCUAGCAUUGCUGCCCUGGUGGGUGGUGGACGCCGAGAUGCUGUGUGGCUCCGAGCUGGUGGACACGCUGCAGUUUGUGUGUGGAGAUCGGGGAUUUUACUUCAGCCGAAGCACUUCCUACAUAAAGUACAAGUACAGCAUAAAGCGACCGAACAAGGGCAUCGUGGAGGAGUGCUGCUUUCGAAGCUGUGAUCUGCUGCUGUUAGAGUCAUACUGUGCGUCACCCCGGACAACUCGAUCUCUUCCACCCCCGGCAUUCCUGAGAAAGCCAGAACACAAGGAGGAACAUUUACAAACGUGGUACAACAAAAAACUCAACACCGUCCGCAGGAUUUCAAAAUUCCUAGGAUUUAGAAAACGGAUGGAGAGUGGCGGGCCAGGAAAACUGCAGGAAAUAUUCCAGGACUUGUCUCCCACACCCGGCCCGACCCCCUUAAUGGUACUGCUUCGUAAGUCACCAAAGAAAGUUCCGGCUCUUCAGGGAACGCCAUUGUGAUAUUAUUACUAAAGAAAGACACCAUUUUACAUUCAAGAUCAGAUUUGGACAGGUGAAUUUAUCAGCUCCUUUUCCCAUUAAUAUCACUGUGAAUUCAGCAUUCAUGUUGAAACCUGGGAGCGUGUUGACUUUCCCCAUCAGAGAUUUGAAGCUCCCCCCCACACUCUCACCUCUCUCUCUCCCACACCAAUAACUCUGCGCCACACUUUGUCUGGUGUUAGAUUGACCACCUCACCUUUCACCUGAAAUCAAUGCGGCCUGAGGUUUGUGAAGCCUAACUUUAUUGACCAGAAAGAGAGAAAGAUACAGGAAGGAGAGAUCAGGAAUUGUAAUGGUUCCAAAUUAUCUGCUGCCUAGUAGUUAUAAUCUGUAGCUCUUUCCUAUGGACUACUUAUUAUUUUAUUUAAAGAAGGAUGAAGGCGAGUCCAUAUGACCACUACAGACUGAGCCUUUGACAACAGUUACUUGUGGGCUUCAGGCACCAAAGAGACUUUAAUAUGACACAAGAAUCAGUAAAUAUUAGCAGAAAAGGAGGAACGACUGCAACAGCCAGCUUCAAGGAAUGCCGUAGCUUCCAGAGAGGAGAUAUUUGGUCAGAAAAGACUCUGGAGAAAAAACAAUCUGAACCAGGGGAUGUUUCGGGAGCUCUCCGGAUAACUCAACAGUUCAGGGAAUUAGAGUGAGGGUGUUGGAGAGUUGACUGUAAAAUGAAUUGAAAAAAGGGCCUUCUCUCCACCAACGUUCCUCACACCUGCAGUCCAAGUCUUCGAGAAAGUGGAAUUUGAGAACAUGCGGUUUUGUACAGUUACAAUGAAGUUGCACCUUAUUUAAGUUAGAAUAUUUGGUGGGUGUCAGUCGCUUGCGGGUGUCACCUGGUUCGGCGUGUCCUGCAGACUGCUUAUUGCCGAACUUCAUAAUUAACUAUUUAAUACAUCUCGAAUUAUUUGUACUUUAUAAUUUGGACAGUACAGUUUCCCAGCCAGCGCUAGACUCCAGUAUUACACUGCGUUACAGAAUUGCAUUAAUAUCUAUGUUACACAGCAUUAAGUCACUUACUCUUCCUUUCGCCAAUAAUCCAGAAGGAUGUUAAUCUUUGUAACCACCUCCAACACUGUUUGUCUUUCUGUUUCCAGUCAGCCACACAAGAUGAUUUUACAGUUAUUGACAGAUUAAAUGUACUGUAAUUUUCUACCUAUA